CUGAAACCGCUAAUCGCAAGCCGCAAAGCUAACGUCGGGUCGGGAGGAGGAACAAAGUACAACACAACAACGCGCUAACUCGUACCCGAACCUCCCGAACAGCUGGUCUUUCCCAUCACACUGCGUAGAGAGGGCCGUGCCUCACAAUGACAGACACAAAACGUCUUGCAUUCUCCAUCAUCCAGUUCCUACAUGACCAGCUUCAGUCCGGGGACCUCUCCUCGGAUGCCCAGGAGAGUUUAGAAGUUGCUGUCCAGUGUUUGGAGACAGCAUUUGAAGUGUCAACUAAUGACCAGAAUCUAGCUGUCCCCCAGACGUUACCAGAGAUCUUCACUGCUGCCACAUCCCAGUAUCCAGCCCCUCCUGAAGUUAAGAUCGACACAAGCCCAGACACCCCCACAGAGGAAGAGAUAGCUGAGGCGGAGCAACUCAAAACCGACGGCAAUGAUCAAAUGAAAGUGGAGAAUUUUCAAGCAGCUGUGGAAUUCUACUCCAAGGCUAUCGUCAUAAACCCCCAGAAUGCGGUCUACUACUGCAACAGGGCCGCAGCUUAUAGCAAACUGGGGAACUAUGCUGGAGCCGUGCAGGACUGUGAACUGGCCAUUGGGAUUGACCCCAACUACAGCAAAGCAUACGGACGAAUGGGAUUGGCUCUCGCCAGUCUGAACAAACACACAGAGGCAGUGAGCUAUUAUAAGAAAGCUCUGGAACUGGACCCUGACAACGAGACCUACAAGUCAAACCUGAAGAUUGCUGAGCAGAAAAUGGAGACCCCCAGCCCAACAGCAGGAAUGGGAGGAGUGGAUCUGGCAGGCUUGUUAAGCAACCCUGGCUUUAUGAAUAUGGCAUCCUCUUUGAUGAACAACCCACAAGUACAGCAACUGAUGUCGGGGAUGAUGUCAGGAGCUUACGGUCCAAUGGGAGCAGCAGGAGCCACUGGGGGAGGGGCCGGGGGAGCUGCAGCUGGCCCCGGGGACAUCUCUGGACUCAUCCAAGCAGGUCAGCAGUUCGCCCAGCAGAUGCAGCAGCAGAAUCCUGAACUCAUCGAACAGCUGAGGAGUCAGAUCCGCAGUCGGACGCCCAGUGCCAGCAACGAGGAGCAGCCAUGACAGACAUGAGUCUAGUUCUACGGAGGUGUGUGUAUGUGUAUGUGUGUGUGUGUGUGUGUGUGUGUAUGUGUGUGUGCGUGUGUGUGUGCGUGUGUGUGGAGAGCGAGCUGAGACAGGCUGGCCUUCCUUCUGAUUUGUGUUGGUGAAACUCUGGGAACAUAAGGAAGCUGUCCAUCACUGAAUGAACUGCUGCGUGAGUGGUCUCCCGAACCAGCUACAGUCAAGAAAACAGAUCGGCCACAAUAACCCAGAUUUACUGCUGCUCAGUGUCAUUUUGGGAAGAAAAAUCAAAGUUUGGUAUCACAAUAAUUCAAUAAUUGGAAACUGUAUUCUUUGAGACACUGAAGCUCAUCCCAUCUCCAGCCACGGAGACAGAACAGCAGCUCACAUCACUAACUCACUUUUCAAGAAAAGCUGAUGUUUGACAUAAGAUUUGAACUACAUAUUUGCAAAGUACUGAGUCACUUUGUUUAUUAACAAAACCACACAGUGCAUUCUUCCCUGUUUCUGAUUACCCCUUCUGUAUGCAGAGCGGCUGUGGUUUGACUGCAGCGCUUCAUGCAGCGUAGCGGGUUGUUGAAUACUACAAAUGAAACUAAUUCUCACCAGAGAGCCGCGUGUCCUCCUUCAGUCACGGCCCCCUGGACCUCCUGCAGUCACGUCACAAAGGCUUCAUCAGUGAUGCUCACAACACACACAGUUUAGUCAAACCUAACCUAAAAGCAUCUAUUUGUACAGACACAGUAGGGUGGUGUGUAGUGAACUGUGGACAGUAUGGGAAUUAAAGGAAACUU